AUGUCAUCCCCGACGCUGUCAGGCGACGGGAAAAAGGAACUCCUCUCGUCCACGACGACGACAGGACCACCACAAUCAGCCCAAGACUACACGCUCCCGAAGCGCCCGUGGCAGCAGGACGUGACGCCAUGGUCGCGCAUCAUCGCGCACAACUACCCCGGCUCCGGCACCGACGAGGACCCGUACGUCGUCAGCUGGCUCCCCGACGCCGACGGCUUCAAGGACAGGGAGAACCCGCUUGUAUUCAAGUACUGGUACAAGUGGUUCGUCACCAUCAUGGGCGCGACUGGCACUCUGGCCGUCUCGAUGGGCUCGUCGAUGCUGUCCGCGGCCAUCACGUCACUGCGCCACGAGUUCCCAGGGCACAACAACAUGAUCUACAUCAUGAUCACCGGCAUCUACGUGCUCGGAUUCGUCGUCGGGCCGCUGCUAUGGGCGCCCAUGUCCGAGGUGUUUGGCCGCCGCAUCAUGUUCAUCGCGACCUACAUCCCGUUCACGGCGUUCAACGCCGGCGCAUGCGGCGCAAAGGACAUCAACACGCUGCUCGUGAUGCGCUUCUUUGCAGGCACGUUUGGCAGCAGUACCAUGACCAACUCGGGUGGCAUCAUUGCAGACAUGUUUGAGGCGCACCAGCGCGGCCUGGCAAUGGGCGUCUUCUCCGCCAUGCCCUUCCUCGGCCCCGCCAUCGGCCCCGUCGCGGGCGGCUUCUUGUCCGAGAAGUCGUCGUGGGUGUGGGUGGCUGCGGUCAUUGCCAUCUUCUCGGCCGUCCUCACCUUCUUCGAGAGCAUCCUCCUGCCCGAGACGUACGCGCCGGUGUUGCUGCACAGACGCGCAGCUCUCCUCUCCAAGGCGACUGGCAAGGUGUACCGCUCGCCCCAGGACAAGGCCAAGCCCCUCCAAGUCAAGCAGCUGUUCCUCCACCAGCUCAAGGUGCCCUACAUCCUGCUGUUCACCGAGCCGAUUGUGCUCAUCACGGCGUUGUACAUGGCCAUCAUCUACGCGCUUCUAUUCAUGCAGUUCACGGCCUUCCCCCUCGUCUUCCAGGGCAUGCGCCACUGGUCGCCCGGUAUCGCAGGCCUCGCGUUCGUCGGCGUCUCAGUCGGUGCCUUCAUGUCUCUCGCUGUCAUCAUGUUCUACGUCAACCCAAAGUACGCCCGCGACCUGCGUGCAAAGGGCUACCUGGCCCCCGAGGCGCGUCUGCCGUCGACCAUUAUCGGCGCCGUGCUCCUCCCCGUCGGGCUGUUCAUCUUUGCGUGGACCUGCACACCGGUCAGCAUCCACUGGAUCGCACCCAUCAUCGCGACCGUCCCCUUCGGUGCCGGCAUCGUCUUCCUCUUCCUCGGCAUCUCAAACUACCUCGUCGACGCGUACCUUAUGAACGCGGCGUCCGUCCUCGCCGCAGGCACCGUCACGCGAUCCAUCCUCGGCGUCAUCUUCCCCCUGUUCACAGUCGACAUGUACAACGCCAUGGGCCCGCACUGGGCCGGCACGUUCACCGCGUUGCUUGCCACCGUGUUCAUCCCUGCGCCGAUCUUCCUCUUGUUCAAGGGGCAAAAGAUCCGCCGCAUGACCAAACCUGGUCGCGACGCCGACGACCUCGGCCAGAUGAUGGCCAAGAUGAUGAUGGCGCAGCGGGCGGCUGCGGCAGGAGGUGGCGCUGCUGCUGCUGCUGGGGCAGCAGCUGGUGCCGGGGCCGGUGCCGCUGCUGCUCAGGCCAAGGAGGUCGCCGACGAGGAGGCCGUCAUCCAGGACAUGGAGGCGCUCAGCCGUCAAGUUUCGCCAGAGUACGCUGUCGAGCUGGAGCGUGUCGUCUCGUCGCACAGCCCACGAUGA